GAGGAGUUUGAAGGAAGGCGCGCAAUGGCGGCGGUAGGGUCUGGAGGGAGCGUCGGUGCCGCGCCGGGAAUGGCGGUGGUUGCGCCGCUCCCCGCCCUCACCUCGCGGCUCCCGGUCCGCAGAGCUGCGGCCAAGCGGGCGGCUUCCGGCCCUCAGCCGGCGGCUCCCGAGCAGAAACGGGCCCGCUCCGGCACUGCCUCAUCGCAGCCCCCCGGCCGAGCCCCGCUGCGGGCACUGAGCGUUCCGGCUGCCCCGGGGCCAGGGCCUCCGCGUAAAGCGCUGACGGUGACCGCCGCCCCGAGGACCGGGAAAGGGAACUGCGGGGCAGCCCCGGUCCCUGCAGAGGCUCCGGUCGGCGGCGCCCAUCGUCGUCGAGCGGCGUGGGAUCUGAAGGGACAACUGAGCGACCUCCGGGCCGCCCUGGGGAACCAAAAGGAGAAAGCACAAAGGUUGGAUGGGGAGAACCGACAGCUCCGGGAGCAGCUGCGGGAGCUGCAGGAGGCGCUACAGGAACGGGAGAGGCGUGUGGAGGAGCUGGAUGGAUGUGUGAGCACGUUGAGCACAGAGCUGGAGAAGCACCGCCAGGAAUCGGAGCUGCGGGGCCAGCAGUUGGAGGAGCUGCGGGAGGCAGACAGGGAGCUGUCAGCACGGCUGGAGGCUGCCGAGGCUCAGCUCCACCAGACCAAGGCCGCGUUGGCUCAGAGCGACUCGGAGGUGGCGGAGCUGCGGCUGAGGGCCGAGUCGCAGGCCAGGCGGCUGCGGGAGCAGGAGGAGCUGCACGAGGCAGAGGUGGCAGAGCUGAGGGCCCAAAACCAAACCCAAUCGCAGCGCCUGCAGGAGAAGGAGGAGCAGCAGCACGCGCUGGAGAUGGAGCGCCGCCGCCUGCACAACCUGGUGCAGGAGCUCAAGGGGAACAUCCGUGUGUUUUGCCGUGUGAGGCCGCUGCUGGCUGCUGAGAAGGAGAAACAGAAGGGCAUGGAGCACCUCCACUUCCCCCCGCAGGACAACAAGACGCUGGUGCUGCUCCGGGAGGAGGAGUCCCACAUCGGCCGUGAGCGCAAAGAGGACCUCAAAUACGACUUCAGCUUCGAUCGCGUUUUCCGGCCCAGCGCCUCGCAGGAGGAGGUGUUUGAGGAGAUCUCACUGCUGGUGCAGUCUGCACUCGAUGGUUAUCACGUCUGCAUCUUCGCCUACGGGCAGACGGGCAGUGGGAAAACCUACACCAUGGAGGGGCCGGACGCGUUGGACCCCGAGAGAAGGGGGAUGAUUCCCAGAGCGGUGCGCCAGGUCUUCCAGGGAGCACAGGAGCUGGCAGAGAAGGGCUGGCAGUAUCGUUUCAGCGCCAGCUUCCUGGAGAUCUACAACGAGUCGCUGCGGGACCUGCUGGGCGCUCGGCCGGAGUGCGGGGAGCUGGAGAUCCGCCGGGUCAGCUCAGCCAGCGAGGAGCUGCACGUCCCCAACCUGCGCCGCAUCCCCGUGGCUUCCGAGGACGAGGUGCUGCAGUUGCUGCAGACAGCCACUGCCAACCGCUCGGUGGCACGGACAGCACUCAAUGACCACUCGUCCCGCAGCCACAGCAUCUUCCAGCUCCGCAUCGACGGCACCAAUGCUGCCCGCGAGCUGCGCUGCAGCUCUGUGCUCAGCCUGGUGGACCUGGCGGGCAGUGAACGUUUGGAUAAGUCUCAGUCCCAGGGGAAGCGGCUCCGCGAGACGCAGUCCAUCAACACCAGCCUGUCCUCCUUGGGGUUGGUCAUCAUGGCCCUGGCCAAGAAGGAGCCCCACAUCCCUUAUCGGAACAGCAAGCUGACCUACCUGCUGCAGAACUCGCUGGGGGGCAACGCCAAGAUGCUGAUGUUUGUCAACAUUUCCCCCCUGGAGGAGAACUUCUCUGAGUCCCUCAACUCCCUGCGCUUCGCCAGCAAGGUCAACGAGUGCGUAGUGGGCACAGCCCACGCCAACCGGAAGUAGCCCCCCCCACCUCCUGGGCCACUUCCGGUCCCCUCGGUGUUUUUGUAAUGCCCCUUCUAAUAAAGAACCCCCUCCGACCGGAGCUGAUUGGCUGCGGACGUCACGUGGGCUGAGGAGGAAAAACGGCGGCUCCCAAAGGGGAGUGCUCCCUGUACGGCGAUAUGGCGCCGCCCAGCGGUGGGGGCGCACUUCCGCUUUUGCGCAGGGCGCCGUCUGCUGUGGAGGGGGCGGGCAGUUGAAUCCCUUAAAGGCGCAGCGUCCCAAAAAAAAACAUUUUAAUUAUAAUAAAAAAAAAGGAGACAAUUUUA